GUGGAGGGUUCCCUUCCCAGGAGUCCGCGCGCGGGCGGGGCGCUGUACGCGGAAGCGGGCCGUGUCGGUCCCAGGCUCCUCGGAGAGUGGGCUGUAGCACCGCACGCAGGCCCGCGCCCUUGUCCCCAGCCCGCGCGCUCUCCGAGGUUGCGCGGACAGAUCGAAGCCAUGGCCAUUCUUUUUGCUGUUGUUGCUAGGGGAACCACUAUCCUUGCCAAACAUGCUUGGUGUGGAGGAAACUUCCUGGAGGUGACAGAGCAGAUUCUGGCUAAGAUACCUUCUGAAAACAACAAAUUAACAUACUCACAUGGCAAUUAUUUGUUUCAUUACAUCUGUCAAGACAGGAUUGUUUAUCUUUGUAUCACUGAUGAUGAUUUUGAACGUUCCCGAGCCUUUAAUUUUCUGAAUGAGAUAAAGAAGAGAUUCCAAACUACAUACGGCUCAAGAGCACAAACGGCACUCCCAUACGCCAUGAACAGUGAGUUCUCCAGUGUCCUGGCUGCACAGUUGAAGCAUCACUCUGAGAAUAAGGGCCUAGACAAAGUGGUGGAGACUCAAGCCCAAGUGGAUGAGCUAAAAGGAAUCAUGGUCAGAAACAUAGAUCUAGUAGCUCAGCGAGGAGAAAGAUUGGAAUUAUUGAUAGAUAAAACAGAAAAUCUUGUGGAUUCAUCUGUCACCUUCAAAACAACCAGCAGAAAUCUUGCCCGGGCUAUGUGUAUGAAGAACCUCAAGCUCACCAUCAUCAUCAUCAUCGUGUCAAUUGUUUUCAUCUAUAUCAUUGUGUCACUUCUCUGUGGUGGAUUUACAUGGACAAGCUGUGUGAAGAAAUAAAAACAGAAAAAGUUGUCAUUAGCCAAGGAUAUCAGAGAACAAAGAGCUAAAAGUUAUCUGUGCAACUAAAGCCUUUUAAUAUUGACAGACGUCUGCCAGUAUUAAACCCUCUUCUUUUUUUUUUCUAAUCUUGUCCUUUGUCUCCAGAUUAUCUUUGUCCCAUCAACCAGUAGUUUCAAGUGUACUUCAGAUUGAACCAUUUAUUGCAGUAGCUGCUUUCAAACAAAGGCCUUUUGUUUGCUUAGUUUAUUAAGUAGUGUCAUCCGUGGAGAGGAACAGUUUUGUUUGCAGUUGCACAAAACAAAAACCACCACUUUUAAGAGCUAUCUACUAAAACUAUAGAAGAAGUUUAUAUCUUCACUCAAAAGUAUUCAGAAGGCAUAGUACUGCUUAGCAUCACAUCUUACUAUCUUUUGUUACUGAAGAGUGUAGGUGCUUCAAAACAAUGUAAAUGGAAGCUAGUUAUUAUUUGAUGAUUUGUAGUUAAUAUGCUGGUGCUGUUUGAUUCUAGGAGCCCAAGCAGGUAAAAGUAUUAAAUAUCUCUGUCAGAUGGAGAAUGUUUUGUUAGCCCAUUAGAUGUCAAUGGAUUAUCCUUGUUCUUUUACCAUUCACUUUUAGGAGUAAGGUUAUGACCUUUCAUAAACCUCACAGAACUGAAUAGUCUGUUUCCCAUUGCAGUAGAUUUGAGAAGAUCAUGGUUUAAAUGCUGUUAGUUUGUUGUCUUACACAUUCCUCUUUCUCCAGUGACUGUUUAGGGCUAGUAAAUGAGUGAUGAAGGGAAUGAAGAAGACAGUCCUCUGGCUCACCAAAGAUAAUGAAGAGAAUAACCGGUAGAUGUGUCAGUGUCUUUGCUCUUUGAGGAAGGUAGUGUGGGAAUUUUUUUUUCCCAUCUGGGAGAAGCCCAACUUGAAUAUAGUCUACACUCAAUCCGAGGAUUUAGGUGUGACUGCUGUUGAGUAAGUUUGAGCAUUCUUUGUGGCAUAACGGUUUUUCUGCCCUAGAUAAAAUCACAUUUAUUCAUCAAUAAAUGCCAGUAAAUUGGAAAUUAUACUAAACAUUUUUUCCAUCGUAAUUUUUUUUCCUGUAAACCUAGCUGUGUGUUCAGCUUAGUCAUAUGCCUUGAAGUGAGUGUCAAAGAAAUCUGGCCCAAGCUUCCUGUCCUUCCAUCUAACCCUUUGGACUCAUGCUACCUGGUGGGGUUAUUUGACAUGUAUUUCCGAUCUGCUUGAACACUCUGUCGAGUGCAUAGUGCAAACAUUUUCCACUGCCAUUUAGUCAUGUCAGCAUUUAUUCGAUAUAUUAGAAAACAUUCUUGAAUAGUGAUUUCCAAAUGUCUUUAAUCCAAAGAGAAGGAUGUACUUCCCUUUCUUGUACACACCUGAAUAAAACUUAAGUGCAUGUUUUAGGAGUUACUUAACUGUUCUUGAUCUAUUUAUGUAUAAGAAUGCUGUUUAAAGCACAUGUCUUGUUUUAAAUGACACACAAACUGAAGGCAUUAAUAAAACUUAAGAGUAAAACAAUGA